AUGUCCGAAAAGGUGGAACCCAACCAGUCUGAUUGGAGUAUUGCACCCUCUUUGGAACGAUACAGAAGAUUGACCCAGGUCCCCUGCACUCAGUUACAGGAAAGAGUGCUCAGUAUUCCGAAGAAGCCCGGACUUCCGGUUAUCAACGCUAUGAUAGACCAAUACCAAACGGCUUCCCUAAAUUGGCUUUCACUAGAGGCAGGCAAAGUUAAGGGGCUCUCAGGGCUAUUUGCUGCAUCUUGUCUUGCUAUACACCUUCCAGUAUGGUGGAGAGCAUGGUUACAUUCCACAACAGCAGAUGAUCCUCUUUCGACUGUGUCUGCAAUCUCGGCCAUGAUCAGAGGUCAAGGCUAUGGGAACACAACACGACUGGGCCGAGAUGCCAAUAUACAGAUUGUGAACACUGAUGUCCACUCAACUCUUGCCAAGUACCUGCCUCAUGAUGAGUGGGGUGAUGUCAGCAAUCUCAUUAACAAAUGUCUUGUACCCAUCCGGGAACACCUUGUUUCAAUGGAGGCUACAUUGUCAGUUGCUCAGCAGCUCAGUGGAAAGAAGGAAGAACAUUCGACCAUGCCCACUGAAGCAGAGCCAUCAAAUGAAGCCAGGCUUGUGAGUAUAUGUCAAAUGGUGGCAGGACACGGGUUUGACGAGAUACGGCAGAAGAAUGGUAAUGCUCUGAUGAGCUUCACAAAAGAGCUGAAUAUCCUUCAAGCACUGAUUGAUGCUCCUAUGGUUUCAAGCGGCCCAUUCAGGUCUGUAUUGGACUCAGUAAACUCUGUUCAUCAUGCAGUCUCCGGACAUUUGCACCCUUUGCCAGGGGAUAUCCAUAUGAGACCAAAAAAGCCCUGGUCUGACUUGAUAGGUUCAGAAGUCCGAGAUUACCUGUCUCAGGGGAAUGUGAAGCAAGCUCUGGAUUUCUGCCUGUCAGGACCACAAGUGAUAAGGACACGUGAUGCCUUGAAUAUUCUCUACGCUGCUCAAUACUUUGCUGCAGUGGAAAAAAAGGCAGCAACAUCCCUAGGAGUAAAUGAAGGAAGAAUGUCAUCUGGGACAAUUUACCUCGGUCCCACUCGUACCUUGGCCUACUUUUCACAUCAUUGUCAAAGGGAUGGUGAAACCCUUGAAGGUUUGCUGCAUGGAUUGUAUCAGACAAUUCUGUCAAAUCCCACAACAGAUCCCUUGCGUAGUCUUCCAGGAUUGGAAUCUAGACUGGACAAACUUGUCCUUGAUGUGGGUACAACAGUAUACAAUCCUUCAGCUACCUCUAUCAAAGAGGAAGUGGACAUGGGAUUGCAGUCCAUUGGGUUGUAA